AUGAAUUAAUGAUUAUUGACUAAUUAAACCUUUGUUAUUUUUCCACCAGAAAUGGACGAUAUAAUUAGAAGAAGUGUCCUGAAUGACGAAAAAAAAAAGAACUGGAAAAGAUACACAACUUUGUGUGCAUGUGUCACAAUGCCAGGAGGACCCAUUUAGUGUUGUGUUAGAAAAAUUGAACUCAUUAACCCUUCAUGGACAUUAUAAAUGUUUAAAUGUGGCCUCAGGUAAAGACAGGAAGAGAGACUAUUACAAAUUCAACUGCAUCAGAGCUGGAAAAAAAAGUCGGAACAGCUACAGAGCAGUGGGCUGUAAGGCCUAUGUUUCAUUUAAAGUACUCAAAUGUUGGAAAGACCACACAGUCACCGUGCAGCGUACAUAUGAUAAGUAUGAUGGGCAUGAUUCUUCGGACCCAAAAGACGCACAUUUCAACAAUAUUUCCAGUGAUUUGAGGAGGAAGAUUGAGGAACUGCUUUCCCUUGGAACUAAGCCAGCCAUCAUACUAACCGAAUGUCAUAAAUGGGCCAAAGAACAUGGACACAGAGAUCUUCACAACAGAGAGCAUUUUGUCACACCACGUGACAUUGACAGUGUUAGAACCUGCAUGAUGAGGAAGAAGCACUUUAACUGUGGAGACAGUCAAAGUGUACAUACCUUACUUAAUGGAAAACAUCAAGAACAUGUUCUCUUCUAUCAACCAUACACAUCUGACCAAGAACUAAUGAUUGUUUUGCAGACACCUGUAAUGAAAUCAAACAUGGAGAACUCUGCAAAACAAACAUUUAUGGUUGACAAAGACUUUGCGGAAAUAAAUGCUUUGCAGAAGGUUUUUCCAGAGUCAGCUAUCCUUCUAUACUGGUACCAUGUCUUGCAGGCUGUUAAUUGAUGGCUUUCAAAAUCAGAGUCCGGGGUCCAUGGGCUUUCUAACACCC